GCGUCGUUUCUCAUAAAAAAAUGCAUUUGAGUUUCAGUUAUUUAUAAGCUUAGUGGGAUUCACAAACUUAAAAUUGAGCAAAAUGACGAAAGGAAAAAAUCAGAAGCGGGCUGAAGGCAAAGUUUUGAACUUUGACCAUCUUGUUUUUUGGGUCGCUAAUGCUAAAACAGCGUCAACUUAUUUCAUAACGCGACUUGGCUUCAAGCCGCUAGCAAUACGAGAGGCGACAGAAAGCAGGCCCGUGCAAUCUUACGCCGUGAGAUCUAAUCAGAUAACAAUAAUAUUCGAGUCUCCCACAUCAUCUGGGAACGAGAUAUCCAAAGACAUCACAGCUCAUGGUGACUUCGUGAAGGACGUGGCUUUCGAAGUACAGGAUCUAGAUGAGCUGGUCCGAAGGGCCAAGGAGGGGGGCGCGGAGAUCGUGAAGGGAGUCACCGAGGAGAAAGACAAGCAUGGCGCUGUGAGAUAUGCUGUGUUGAAGACGUAUGGUGACAAUACACACACUCUUAUUGACCGAAGCAAAUAUAAAGGAACAUUAUUGCCGGGAUAUGAACCUGUUGCUGACGAUGUAUUGAACAAAUCACUACCUGCUACAAAUCUGAUGUUCAUAGACCACGUUGAAGGGAAUAUGGCUGAUGGAACACUUGAAGAUUCAGUGGCUUGGUAUGAAAAAAAUCUCAAUAUGCACAGAUUUUGGUGUGUAGACUAUAAACAUGAUCUGGUUCCGUAUUCCUGUAUCAACUCUGCCUCUGUCAUCAACAGGGAUGAAAAUGUUCUCCUAUCCAUGAAUGAAGCAGCAAAAGGCUUGAGGCCUACCAGCAAAGCUUCUGAAUUUGUGAAGGCGUUGGGAGCGUCGGGAGUUGAACACAUUGCCUUGUACACCGAUGACAUUGUUGCUACCAUGAGAAACCUAAAAGCCCGUGGUGCAGACAUACUGUCCUGGCCGCCUACUUACUACGAUUUAAUCAGAGAGAAGCUCAAGCACAGCCCAGUCAAAGUCAACGAGAGCAUCGAAGCGUUGCAGGAACAGAACAUUCUGAUAGACUUCGAUGAGCGAGGGUAUAUGCUGCAAGCGUUUACGAAGCACUUGCAAGCAAGGCCUACUGUGUUCAUUGAAAUAUUGCAGAGGAGAAAUCAUAGGGGUUUCGGAGCCAUGAACUACAAAUGGGUGUUCGAAGCGAUUGAAUUGUUGGAGAAGAAAGAAAUCAAGACCGACAACACUGAAGAAGUAAAGAAAAAUGAUGCUGCUUAAUUGAGUGAAACUCAAUAUAAAGAAUAUCAUAA